AACAAAGUCAUUGCUCUGACAGUGUUGUGAAGGGAGCAGAAGAGGAGAAACCUAAUCUCAGAACCCAACAACACCUAGCAACAGUUGAAAAAAACUUUUAAAUAAAAGUCGGUGGGAGAUAUACAACUCCCAAUUUCUGCUGAUCAGGAUUUCAGGGAGAAGCUGCUUUCCCCCUCUCUACUCAAUUUCCUGCAUGACUUCAGCUAUUGGCUAGACCCAGGAAAGAAAGUGGGAAAAGCUUUUUCCUCUGUAUUCUUUUGGGCUGGAUAGUUUUUCAGAACUCGAGUCUGUCCUGGGCUGUGGGACAAGCCACUGGGUUCUUCAAAGGAUAAACUACCUCCAUAAAGGACAUAUCCUUGGUUAAACGAGCUGCUGGCAGGUGGGAAUGAGAUCCCGAAACCAAGGUGGCGAAAGUUCAUCUAACGGGCAUAUCUCCUGCCCCAAGUCCUCCAUCAUCAGCAAUGCUGAUGAUAAGAGUCUCUCAGAAGAUGCAAAAAAGAAGAACAAAUCAAAGAGGAAGGAGGAUGAUGUCAUGGCUUCAGGAACUGUCAAACGACACCUAAAACCAUCUGGAGAAAGUGAACGAAAGCCUAAGAAAUCUCUGGAGUUAUCCAAAGAAGAUCUCAUCCAGCUACUCAGCAUAAUGGAAGGGGAGUUGCAGGCCAGAGAAGAUGUGAUCCAUAUGUUGAAGACUGAGAAAACCAAGCCUGAGGUUCUGGAGGCUCACUACGGAUCUGCAGAACCAGAGAAAGUGCUUCGGAUCCUGCACCGAGAUGCCAUCCUUGCUCAGGAGAAGUCCAUAGGAGAAGAUGUCUAUGAGAAACCCAUCUCAGAGCUGGACAGACUUGAGGAAAAGCAGAAAGAAACCUACCGGCGCAUGCUAGAGCAACUGCUGCUGGCAGAGAAGUGUCACAGGCGUACUGUGUACGAGUUGGAGAACGAGAAGCACAAACACACUGACUACAUGAACAAAAGCGACGAUUUCACCAACUUGCUGGAGCAGGAGCGGGAGAGGUUGAAAAAGCUCCUUGAACAAGAAAAGGCUUACCAAGCCCGCAAAGAAAAGGAAAAUGCUAAGCGUCUCAAUAAACUAAGAGAUGAGCUUGUCAAACUCAAGUCCUUUGCACUCAUGCUGGUGGAUGAAAGACAAAUGCACAUUGAACAACUUGGCCUGCAAAGCCAGAAGGUACAGGAUCUUACUCAGAAACUGAGGGAAGAAGAAGAAAAGCUCAAAGCCAUUACUUCCAAAUCCAAAGAAGACAGACAGAAACUGCUCAAGUUAGAAGUGGACUUUGAACACAAGGCUUCUAGGUUUUCUCAAGAGCAUGAAGAGAUGAAUGCUAAAUUGGCUAACCAAGAGUCUCACAACAGGCAACUUAGACUGAAGCUGGUUGGCUUAUCUCAAAGAAUUGAGGAGCUAGAAGAGACCAAUAAAAAUCUUCAAAAGGCAGAGGAAGAACUUCAGGAAUUGAGAGAUAAAAUUGCCAAAGGGGAAUGUGGAAACUCCAGCCUCAUGGCAGAAGUGGAAAAUCUCCGAAAGCGUGUGCUGGAAAUGGAGGGUAAAGAUGAAGAAAUCACGAAAACUGAAUCCCAGUGCAGGGAACUGAGGAAGAAACUGCAAGAGGAAGAACACCAUAGUAAGGAGCUCAAACUUGAAGUUGAGAAGUUACAGAAGAGAAUGUCUGAACUGGAGAAACUGGAAGAAGCAUUUAGCAAGAGUAAAUCUGAAUGUUCCCAGCUACACUUAAAUCUGGAGAAAGAAAAGAAUUUAACCAAAGACCUGCUAAAUGAAUUGGAGGUAGUUAAAAGUCGAGUUAAAGAACUUGAGUGUUCUGAAAGUAGACUGGAAAAGGCAGAAUUGAGCCUCAAAGAUGAUCUCACAAAGCUGAAGUCAUUUACAGUGAUGCUGGUUGAUGAAAGGAAAAAUAUGAUGGAAAAAAUAAAGCAAGAAGAGAGAAAAGUGGAUGGACUCAAUAAAAAUUUUAAGGUGGAACAAGGCAAAGUUAUGGAUGUAACUGAAAAAUUAAUCGAAGAAAGUAAGAAACUUUUAAAACUGAAAUCUGAAAUGGAGGAAAAGGUGUACACUUUGACAAAGGAGAGAGAUGAGUUGAUAGGUAAACUGAAAAGUGAAGAAGAAAAAUCCUCUGAAUUAAGCUGCAGCGUUGAUUUGUUAAAGAAGAGACUUGAUGGUAUGGAAGAAGUGGAAAGAGAAAUAACAAGAGGAAGGUCUCGAAAAGGACCUGAGCUCACCUGCCCAGAAGAUAAUAAGAUUAAGGAACUAACCCUUGAAAUUGAGAGGCUGAAGAAGCGUCUCCAACAGUUGGAAGUAGUGGAAGGGGAUCUGAUGAAGACAGAGGAUGAGUAUGAUCAGUUGGAGCAGAAAUUCAGAACUGAGCAGGAUAAAGCUAACUUCCUCUCUCAGCAGUUAGAGGAGAUCAAGCACCAAAUUGCCAAGAACAAAGCAAUAGAGAAAGGGGAGGCUGUGAGCCAGGAAGCUGAGCUGAGACACCGAUUUCGAUUGGAAGAGGCUAAGAGUAGAGAUUUGAAAGCCGAGGUACAAGCUCUCAAAGAGAAAAUUCACGAGUUAAUGAACAAAGAAGAUCAGCUUUCUCAGCUCCAAGUAGAUUAUUCAGUCCUUCAACAAAGAUUUAUGGAGGAAGAAAAUAAGAACAAAAACAUGGGGCAGGAGGUCCUCAAUCUGACCAAAGAGUUGGAGCUUUCUAAGCGGUACAGCCGCGCUCUCAGACCCAGCGUGAAUGGGAGAAGAAUGGUGGAUGUGCCUGUGACGUCCACCGGGGUGCAGACAGAGGCCGUGGGCAGCGAGGCAGCUGAGGAAGAAACGCCGGCUGUAUUCAUACGAAAAUCCUUCCAAGAAGAAAAUCACAUCAUGAGCAAUCUUCGACAGGUAGGACUGAAAAAGCCCAUGGAACGAUCCUCUGUCCUAGACAGGUAUCCUCCAGCAGCAAAUGAGCUCACUAUGAGAAAGUCGUGGAUUCCGUGGAUGAGAAAAAGGGAAAACGGCCCAUCAAUCACGCAGGAGAAAGGGCCUCGAACAAAUUCCACUUCCGGGCACCCAGGAGAACUAGUUCUUUCACCAAAGCAGGGCCAGCCCUUGCAUAUCCGAGUGACACCAGAUCACGAGAACAGUACUGCCACUUUGGAGAUAACCAGUCCCACAUCUGAAGAAUUUUUUUCUAGUACCACCGUCAUUCCUACAUUAGGGAAUCAGAAACCAAGGAUAACCAUUAUUCCAUCACCAAAUGUUAUGUCUCAAAAAACAAAAAGUGCAGAACCUACUCUUGGCCCAGAAAGAGCCAUGUCCCCAGUCACAAUUACGACGUUUUCCAGAGAGAAAACCCCAGAAAGUGGAAGAGGCACGUUUGCAGACAGGCCCACAUCCCCCAUUCAGAUAAUGACGGUGUCUACUUCUGCAGCGCCAGCCGAAAUUGCAGUUUCUCCAGAAUCCCAGGAAAUGCCCAUGGGAAGGACUAUCCUUAAAGUCACCCCCGAAAAACAGACUGUUCCACCUCCAGUACGAAAAUACAAUUCCAAUGCCAAUAUCAUAACCACGGAAGACAAUAAGAUUCACAUUCACUUAGGUUCCCAGUUUAAACGAUCCCCUGGGACUUCAGCUGAAGGAGCUAGUCCAGUUAUUACUGUUCGGCCAGUCAACGUGACAGCUGAAAAGGAGGUUUCCACUGGCACUGUCCUUCGCUCUCCCAGGAACCAUCUCUCUUCACGACCUGGUGCGAGCAAAGUGACGAGCACCAUCACCAUAACACCAGUCACAACUUCAUCUACUCGAGGAACCCAGUCAGUGUCAGGACAAGAUGGGUCAUCCCAGCGGCCUACACCUACCCGCAUUCCUAUGUCAAAAGGUAUGAAAGCAGGAAAGCCAGUAGUGGCAGCCCCAGGAGCAGGAAAUCUGACCAAAUUCGAGCCUCGAGCUGAGACUCAGUCUAUGAAAAUAGAGCUGAAGAAAUCUGCAGCCAGCAGCACUACCUCUCUUGGAGGGGGGAAGGGCUGAGGGCAGUGGCUAAGGGGGUAUGUUGUGCAGAUGCUACUGCUGCUGUGAAAAUGAGUCUUCAUCUGUUUGUGCCAACUCUUUACAUGUACUAAUUUAAAUUUUAAACACCUUGUUUAUAAAAUAACCAACUAAUAGCCAUGUUUCUUUCCUAUUUUGUGCAUUUGUUUUGAUGCUUGGGGAACAGAAGUAAUUACCCAAACUGCUGUUUGCUGUGUGGUUUGUUGAGGAUGUUGGGCUUGUGGCGGAGCCUGACUUCUAGUUUCAAUUUUGCUUCUAGCAAGUGGAUCUAUCAAUUAGCCCACCAAUUAAGAAACCCUCAGUUUGUUCAUCAGUAAAAUUUGGGGACUGUACUACCUAUUCUUAAAGGCUGACUCACAUAAUUUCUAAUCAUAAGCCAAAUUUAACAGGUAUUGUUCUAUGGUAAUUUUUUAUUUUUCAAAAACUCUAAAAUAGGACAUAGUUUAGUAAUUGUCACUUGCCUUUAUCAAAUACUGAAUUAGUGUGCUGGAAAAAGAAUUGCAUAGCUAUCACAGGGCUCGAACCUCUAAAAUAUUGCAGAAACAAAGCUUCUAAAAUGAUUUCAGGAAAGAACUUGAAUGUGAAAUAAAAUGGAAACGAACUAUGGAAUCCUAAAAA